CACUAAAAAGCAUAUGUAAUGGUCCCGCUCCACAUGCAAUGUUCCAGAGUCUUAAGAUUUUGACCAUUGACCGUUGCAUAUUGCUGCAAAGUCUGUUCGCAUCUGAUGUAGCCCAAUGUCUUGUUCAAUUGGAAGACCUUCUUGUAGAGUGGUGUCCUACGUUGGAAAGAGUAAUGGAAGCAGUGAACAAGGAGAAGACGGUUCUACCAAAACUGAAGAAUUUGGUUUUGAAGAAUCUUCCUAAGUUGUAUGGUGCAAUUGCUGCCGUUGAUAUUGAGUGUCCUUCAUUGGAACGCUUGAUGGUGGUGGAUUGCCCCAAGCUUUUAUUUUCAACCUCCUCCGAUCUCUUCGAAGCCUUCAAAAGCAGGAACCAGUUUUCAUUUUCAGCCUCCACUUCUGACCCGGUCCAACUCGAUGAUCCACAACUAUACCUAGCUCUACGUGGCAGAUCUUACCUAUUCUGAAGUCUCUAGCUCAGCUUCUGACUUCCAUUGCAGGAAGUAACCAAGUUCAACUCUAUUUCUUUGUCCAGCACUUGGAUACUAGAUGAGAGAGAAAGUACUGGAAGCUCCCCAGAAAGAAGGUUAGAGCUCAAAUCAAGAACCUCAAGAUGAGUCAAGGACAAGAAGGAAGCAACACUUUAAUGUAGGAAAUUUUGGGAGAGAUUCAAGUGGGUGAGAUGUGUGAGAUUUUCAAGUGCUAGUUUUGAUGAAGAAAAUGUAAUACCUUGUUUGAGUGUGAGGCCAUCGGAGGGCAAUGAGAUACGGGUGACCCAACCAGCCGCAUCGCAGUUGAUGCCUUGCCAGCGGAAGUCCAGUUUAAGGAAGAGGGAGAAGAAAGAGCCAGAGCAAAGGACAAGAGAGAAGUAU